GCGCCUGGGCGCCCUGGCGGCGGCGGGCGGCUAUGGCGGCGGGGUCGGUGUGGAAGGGGCUGGUGGGGCUCGGCCUGUUCGCCCUGGCACACGCGGCCUUCUCGGCGGCGCAGCAUCGUUCUUACAUGAGGUUGACAGAAAAGGAAGAUGAAACGUUGCCCAUAGAUAUAGUCCUGCAGACUCUGCUGGCCUUCGCAGUCACCUGCUAUGGGAUAGCACAUAUUGCAGGAGAGUUUAAAGACAUGGAUGCCACUUCAGAACUCAAAAAUAAGACAUUUGACACAUUAAGGAACCAUCCAUCUUUUUAUGUAUUUAAUCAUCGUGGUAGAGUAUUGUUCCAGUCCCCAGACACAGUGAAUUCUUCUUCAAACCAAGAUGCUUUGUCAUCCAACUCGGCACUGAAAUUUCGAAAACUUGAACCUCUGCGCCGCUAAGACUUUUACAGAUGAUACCAAUAACCAGGGACACUGAGAUGUAAUAUUCAAGUCGGGGGAUGUAAACACUUUUUUAAUUUCUGGAGCAGUAUUUAUAUUGAUCUUCCAGACUUUAUAAAAUAUAUAUAUAUAAAUAUAUAUAUAAACUAAUGACCUUCUUUGUACACUGUUAAUGAGAAUGACCGAAUUGUGGAUUGGCAAUGCAGUGUAAAUUCUACAGUUAUGCUGUGAAACACAUCUUCGAAGUUUCAUAUAUUAAAAUGAGUUGCAGCUAACUUAACUUCAGUUAAAACAAAAAGCAAGCUAGUUUUUCCUGCAGUUAAUGUUCUCUGGCAGGAGGGAAUGUUUGAGUGUAUUUAUUUUCUCAGUUUGCUUGCACUACAGUCUGUGGACCCCGUCAGAAAUGCUGUGUGCACUGCAUCACUGAACAGCAGGAAAAGGGGCAACAUCUGAUCCUAGAAUGCCUGUGGGACACCAGCACAGUGUGGCAGGGGAAGUCAAAGAGAUUGCUUUCAUUUUUUCAUUUUUUUACAAUGCUGAAAAACAGUUGUGUGAAGGGUUUUUCUUUUCUUCCUAGUUUUUCAACACCACGUUA